ACUUCUUUUGUGAAUUGAGGAAUCAAAGCGGUCCUGCCCCAUGCCCGUCCCCGUGCCAGCCGGGCGAGGCGAGGACGUGUGCCCACCCCGAAUCCGUUCAGUGAAGCAGCACAGAUCCGCGGGGCCAAGUGGGUAUUGAGCUGAGGAGGAGGUGUAAAGGGAGCUCCAAGCAGCGGGCAGAUUUGCAAGGAAUGAUUUAAGUCCUCUCUCUCCUUUUUUUUUUUUUUUUUCCUUCCCCUUUUCUCCUCUCUCUCUUCUGCUCGGGAUUUAAAUGUCACUCAAAACAUCCCCAAAUCAGCUCCCUGCUCGCUCCUGAAGCGUUAAUUCGAGCAGACCCUGCGUUUCAGCAGCUCUGGUGCUUUGCCCACAAAGGAAAUUUGCUCGAUCUCCAGCAGCAACCACUGCUCCUUUUGAUGUUGUGGUACGCCGUGCGCAUGCGCCUCACAUUAGAAUUACUGCACUGGCCAGAAUAAGUUGGAUCUCUUCUUCUCUUCACUGAAACCCUAAAUCAUAUCAAAAGCCAAAGGGAUGGUGAGAGUCCGGAGAAAGGGUUACUUUGGGAUUUGGUCAUUCUCCUUAAUAAUAGCAGUGGUGUGUGCUCAGAGUGUCAAUGACCCUAGCAAUAUGUCACUGGUAAAAGAGACCGUGGAUAGACUGCUGAAAGGCUAUGACAUUCGCUUGAGGCCAGAUUUUGGAGGUCCCCCCGUGGCUGUCGGUAUGAACAUAGACAUUGCCAGUAUAGAUAUGGUAUCAGAAGUCAAUAUGGACUAUACCUUGACAAUGUACUUCCAGCAAGCUUGGAGGGAUAAGCGGCUAUCAUACAAUGUAAUACCUUUAAAUCUUACACUGGACAAUAGAGUAGCUGAUCAGCUUUGGGUUCCUGAUACCUACUUUCUGAAUGACAAGAAGUCGUUUGUACAUGGGGUCACUGUGAAGAACAGAAUGAUUCGUUUGCAUCCAGAUGGGACUGUCCUGUAUGGUCUGAGAAUUACAACAACAGCUGCUUGUAUGAUGGACCUACGAAGAUAUCCACUGGAUGAACAAAAUUGCACACUGGAGAUUGAGAGCUAUGGCUAUACAACAGAUGACAUUGAAUUUUACUGGCGUGGGGGUGAUAAUGCAGUCACAGGAGUGACAAAGAUAGAACUGCCGCAAUUCUCCAUUGUGGACUACAAGCUUAUCACCAAGAAUGUUGUUUUCUCUACAGGUUCCUACCCGAGGCUGUCACUCAGCUUUAAACUAAAGAGAAACAUUGGUUACUUCAUUCUGCAGACCUACAUGCCUUCUAUUCUGAUCACUAUCCUGUCCUGGGUUUCAUUCUGGAUUAAUUAUGAUGCUUCAGCUGCAAGAGUUGCUUUAGGAAUCACAACUGUGCUCACCAUGACAACAAUCAAUACUCAUCUACGAGAGACUCUCCCCAAAAUUCCCUAUGUGAAAGCCAUUGACAUGUAUCUGAUGGGAUGCUUUGUCUUCGUUUUCAUGGCUUUGCUGGAGUAUGCAUUGGUCAACUACAUCUUCUUUGGCAGGGGACCCCAACGUCAAAAGAAAGCAGCAGAAAAAGCUGCCAGUGCCAACAAUGAGAAGUUGCGAAUGGAUGUCAAUAAGGACAGAAGAAUAAUUGGCACAUAUCAUUGUCCAGAAAUGUAUUCAACAAAGAUGGAUCCACAUGAAAAUAUUUUGUUGAGCACACUUGAAAUUAAAAAUGAGAUGGCUGCCUCUGAGGCUGUUAUGGGGCUUGGGGACCCUAGAAGCACUAUGCUUGCCUACGAUACUUCAAGCAUCCAGUACCGGAAAGCUGGCUUGCCCCGACACAGCUUUGGCCGCAAUGCCCUGGAACGACAUGUGGCACAAAAGAAAAGUAGGCUACGGAGACGUGCCUCUCAACUGAAAAUUACCAUUCCUGACUUGACUGAUGUAAAUGCCAUAGAUCGAUGGUCGCGCAUAUUCUUCCCUGUUGUUUUUUCCUUCUUCAAUAUUGUCUAUUGGCUUUAUUAUGUGAACUAAAAAACAAAGCCACACAGAAAGCAAGAACUGGAUUUCUCUUCAAAUCGGUUGUACAGCCAAAAGUGGGACUUAGAAAAAUUCUAUUCAGGACAAAAGUUAUUUUAAAACACCUUAGUUGCUGGCCCACUCUAUGGUCUGUUUUCUAAUAUUUGGGUUACUUCUGCUAAACCGUUAAUCUGUUCUUAAGUUACAGUAUGAACACAUUCCCCCCCAUUAAAAUAUUAGUGCAUUUGAAGUGUGGAGGUAAAAUCUGAUUCUAACAAUCAUUUCUUUUCUUCUUUUUUUAUAUAGUAACAUGCAUAUGAGCUAAACCACACAAGCUAUUAAAAAAAGAGAAUUUGGAAGACAGGUUUAAGUUUUAACCACUGCUUGUGCCAUUUCUUUGUGAAAUUGCACAUCAAGUACAUAUGCAUCUAUAGUUAAAAAGAGAGAGAGAGUGUUCUAAGAUGCUGUCAUGCUUAUGAAACAUACACACUUUUACCUUCUAAAAUGUGUAAACUUGAAAACAAGUAGUGCCUAUCAUCUCACCAGGAUGAUCAUGGUCAAAGGUGUCCCAGCUGUAUUCAGGUAUUUCCUGUUACUGAAAGAACUAAACCUUUGACUGAUAUUAUGAGUGGGUCAGGAGUUUGCACAGAAAUUUAGAAACUAAAGCCAGGGUUUGUUUGUUUUUUUUAUUUUAAAGCAGCAGCAUAGGGUGGUGAUCACAGUCCAUCACAUUUGUGAUCUAGAAGGGAGCAUGGAAAUCAGGUUUAGAGAUGGACCAAGCCAUCAUGUCCUAAACGGGUAGACGUCCUGUUACACUCAACAUUUGGGAAAGGGAGUCAUUUGUCUGAAGUGCCAAACAUUGGUUGGACAAACAGUAACUUUAUAUGUGGCUAAAGGGAGACCAUUGGUGCCCUGCCCUUCCAAGGGUAGAAAAAAGGAGACAGAAAUGAUUUCCGGAUAUAGCACUAAGAGAGGGAAAGCUAUAAAUAUAUACUGUGCAACUGAAUUUUGUCAAUCAUAGUACGUAUGUUAGUCCAAAUUGUUCAUAUGGAGUUGAGUGUUUUCUUUCAAGUUUGCAUACUUUCAAGCUUCACACCUGACGUUGCUUUUAUAUCUAGCAUCUAACAUCCAGCAGGAGAGAACAAAAAGAGUUAUUGUGUCGAGCAGACAAUUACAGGAAUUAUCUUAGCUGUUUUCAGCGUUCAGAUUCAGAAAGUUUCCAAUCACACAUCUUUUAGUACAAAAUAAUUUGCCGGUAGGAUAUUUUCUCAAGCUGAGCUAAACAAUACUUUUUUUAGUAAACUCAAUAAGCUAUUUUAAAAGAAAGGAUUUGAUAAACAUUGCUUUAAUAGAUUGCUUGUGCUUUUCAGCAUUUCCUACUUUAGAAGGUCUAACGAUGUCCUUUAAAACUGAAAAAACUAAGUUUUGCUUUAGAAAAUAUAUUUUUAUUGAAAACAAAAGAAUACACUUUUUUCCAUUUAACUUUAUAUUGUAUAGGAAGACUCUUCCCAAAAGGUGGGCAAGGUAAUAGAAUAAAAGUUGCUUAUUGUACCAUUGUAGAAAAGCUGCCUGUAUAAUGAAAAAUUAAAUCCAGUAACUAAAAGCAUCAAGUCCUGACAGAUUUUACAGAUGUCUUCAGAAUUCAACAGAAGAUAGUCACCAAAAUAAUGGCUAUAAUCCCUUGUGUCUGUGCUACCUCUCACCUACAGUCAACCUUCUAAAAGGAACACAAAUUCUAGCAUCCUCUGAAUAACAGAGAAAUAUGCAAACAGCUUCAUUUUCCCUAUUUAAGGAUUCAUUUAGAAAUACUUUAAGAAUUGUUUCUUAACAUUUUUUCAUUAAAAACAGAUUUUUUUUUCUCUUUCUACUCUUGGUCUAUCCUUUAAAACUCAACAUCUCUAUUGGAAACGUUAUGGGUUUUUUUUUUUUUAAAGGGUGAGAAAUGACUGGAGGAAAACAGCUUUGAGAAUUAAUGAUCCUAGUUUGCCCUGUAAUUUCUUACUUCUCUUCUCCAUUACCAUUGGCUUUGCUUCAGAAUGAGAAAAAUAGCUUUGACUGUUAUUUUGUUAAGAACCAGAAAGUAAGGUAUGCUAAGCAUUUACAUCUCUAGUUACCAUCAAGGCAAUUGUGUGUACUCAGCAUUGCCUCUAGGGUCAAACACCGAAAUGUGUGGAGAGUCAAGCUUUUGAUCAUAUGAUAGCUUUUCCAUGAUGAAAGUUGCUUUACCAUUCACGGAUUUGAUUUCUGAGAGCAUUUAAUAAAUCAAAACAAUAUAUUUUGUAGGUGUAUUUGAAGUUACCCUUAUACAUGAAUCAUGUAUGCAAAUUCCUCCCAACUUCUAAGAAAAGGAUCCAGUCCAGAAAUCAGUAAUAUUCUUUGAAGUCUGUUCUUUAGUUUUGGCACCCUUUAUGAUUAAUCCAGUUUAAUAUUAUGUUAGACAUUUUAUGCUCUUAUGUGCAAGAUUUCUUUUCACAAAGAGCCUUUUACUUCUUCUUUCAUAGAAACAUAAUUUGAAUACAGGAGGCAUUGAGCACAUAUGUGGUAGGCACACCUCAAACAUAAAACCUAACAGAGAAUGUGCUUAUUUUCUGCUUUGGUUUAGCAGAUCAGCUGUAGUCAAAACCAUGGAGAUCAGAUCCUAAUACUGCACAUUAAUGUUUCUGAAGUUACAGUACAAGCCAUAAUACUCUCUGAUGAUGUUAUUCAGGGAGUGAAAUGAAAUGUCUGGUUUCUGCUCAGGUGUCAUUAUGAAGGAUAUUUCAAAGGAGGAAGGAGCACUUUAACUUCCACACGAUCCUGUUGACUUUUAAUAUUCUAUAUCUAAAACAAAAGUGGAAGGAUCCUUCCAAAAUUGAGCAGUUACAUUUUGUACUAAGGCUAAACACUGUGAUGUGAAUAAGGUAAAGGUGAGAAGAAUGGACAAGACCUUGGCAUAGAAGAACCAGAACCUAAGAAGGCUUGAUCAAUUACUCUUCUUCUUGGGUCGCCUGUAU